AUGUUGAGGCCUACAAGAUACAACGGUCACUCCAUCUUUGCUUCGCAGUUGAAGGUUGCUUCCAAGAAGCCGAUCCUCAACUUGGAAGACAUUGAACAUCACCUUGAGGAUGUCCAGUGUGUUGACGGAAAGAUCAACCUUAAGUUCGCCGAUACCACUUCGGCUAUGAAUGCUCGGUUAGCGUGCCACGGCCCUGAAGGUGGUAUCAUCAUCACUUCCCACGUUGGCUGCAACACGGAGGGCGAGCGAUCAGUCUAUACUGUUCACGGUGCUUCGGCAUCUCGUGACGGAUCGACUCUCGAGCUCGAUGUCGCAGAGUCCCUAUUUGAGCAUGCUUUCGACCGCAUCGAGGUUGGCUUUGGCCACACUGAGGAGCACCACUCCGUCCGCGAGCACACUGACCUCAAGAUCCGCAAGCGUCUAUUGUCAGAAAUCGAACGACUAGAAGGCCUGGCUGCCACCGCUGAAAUGGCUGCUGCGGACGUCGAGACCGCCGAGGGCAUGGCAAAGGGUGCGAAGAACGCUACUGCGGUCUUGGAUGAGGUUCCUGAGGAUUCGGACCCCAACGUCAACGAUGUCAAGUUCGACCUUAACUGGGAAGUCACCAACAAGACCUUCAGGCCCGACGAGUUCCUUGCUGGUCUUCCCGUUGGUUUCACCCUUACCAACAUUGCGAACUUGCCCCUCGAGCUCACUUGCAAGAAGUGCUUGACCAAGGGAGAGAUCAUCCUCUCACAGGGUAACAUCCAGAUCGACACUGCAGCACUCAAGGCUAUCCCCGACAAGCUCAAGGAGAUUCCCGGUAUGGUCGCCAGCGCUGUUCCUAGCCUGAUCAACGCGAUCCCCGAGAAGAUGGAUGAGGCCGGUGAGAAGCUAGAGAGCAAGGUCGACCAGGGCGUCGACAAAGUUACCAGCAAGCUUGACCAGGGUGUCGACGCAGUUACCAGCAUCGUCGACGCCGCUCCUUCCAAGAUUCAGAGCGUUGCUGAGACCGCUGUCGCUGCCAUUACCAGUGCUGCUGAUGCCGCUCAAUCCAAGGUUAACAGCAUCAUCAACGACAUUCCCAUCCCUACUAAGCUUCCUGACCUGAACCCCUUUGACCGCCGCAACAAGAUGGCCAAGCGCGGUGUCGACUUCGACCUGGGCAAGGUUGUCACCGGUGGUUUCGUCGAGCUCAAGGCCAACGGCUUGGAAGCCUACUUCGAGUUGGGCGCUAAGCCCAAGAGCACUGGUUACUUCACUUUCCGCCUACUCGAGCUCCCCAUUCUUGGGUUCGUCAUCCCCGGUGUCGGUCGUGCUGGAGCUGUCUUCGAGGCUCUUCUCGAGGCCGACUAUGAGUUUGAUGGCGGUUUCGAAAUGAGCUAUGGUAUGAACCUCGAGGUCCCGAGCAACUCCACCAUGCGCAUCGACCUUGGUGACAUGUCCAAGACUGGUGUCAAGGGUUUCCAAGACUCAACCCUUACUCCUCUCCCCUUCAACUUCAAGCAGAAGCAGCUUGACGGUUUCGUCUCCGUUGCCAUGGUUCCUUCCAUUCCCAUUGGUUUCAAGUUCCUGUCUGUCCUUGACGUCGGUGUUGAGGCCGAGAUGGACCUUCCUCGUCUUGAUGCGCUUGUCUAUACCAUUGACGAUGCUGACACUCAGUGCAAUGACCUCAGCUACGACGAGGAGACUGAGGAUGGCGAGACUGACGAUGAGACCGAAACUGGCGACGAAACCGAGACUGGCGAUGAGACCGAGACUGGUGACGAAACAGAGACUGGCGACGAGACCGAGACCGGUGAUGAGACCGAUGACACCGAGACUGGCGACGAGACCGAGACUGGUGAUGAGACCGACGACACCGAGACUGGUGAUGAGACUGAGGACACCGACGACACAGACCUUUCUGCUGCCUCCGAAGCUGAGGCCAAGGCUCAAGACAAGAAGGAUGGCUUCACGGCGGGCAAGCGAUCUGUUGCGAAGCGCGACGUCAAGGCCAUCCGCCACGCAUCUAACACUCGUCGCGCACCUGCUUCUCUGCAGGCUCAGCGCGCUCGCAAUCUCAAGCGCGCGAACGAAGCACCUUUCCCUCUCACCAACGGCACCAACAGCACUCAGCCCGACAAGCUGUCGCUCGUCUACAUCGAGUGGAACGUUUCCAUGGCUGUCGAUCUCGGCUUCAACUUUGUUCUUCCUGCUAUGCCUAUGGUCAUUCCCGGUGUCGAUACCAACGAGCUCAACCCCUUCAAGCCUAUCCGCAAGCACAAAACCGUCUUCACCACGGUCAAGACCAUGCCCACUCUCUGCCUUGCUCCCGAGAAGGGUUUCCGUCCUGCCACCGAUGUCUACACUGACCCUGUUGAGACUGACGUUGGCACUAUUGGUACUGGCGUUGGCACGAUCGGCACUGGUGUCGGCACUGGUGUCGCAGCUACUGGCACUGGCACACCCAAGUUCACUGAUGUUCCCAAAAGCAACGUGACCGACUUCAAGCUGAAGAGGCGUCAGUAUGGAUAUGGCGUUGCCAUUCCCCUUACACUGAAGCCACCCCACGCCUACCCCCGAGCCUACUCCUACGCCCGCCCCUUCGACCUCCACCCCUUGCGACGUCCCACCGCCACCCCUGCGGAGACCACACCCACUGAAUCGAGCAGCGUCCCGCCGCCGCCACCCGCAGGCAACACCACCACCCCUGCACGACCGAGACUCCCCACCGGCACCCCAGCCAACACGCCCUGCACCACCGGCACCACCAUCGUAGUCACCCUCCCCUACAACACCACAACACCAGCCUACGAGCCCACCGGCACCGCCUCCCCGCCCGUGCCCUCCAAGCCAUCUGAGUUCACCGGCGCAGCAUCCACCAUGCUACCUACCGUUCACGCCGUCCUCUUCGCUUUCCUAGCCAUAUUCCUGCUGUAA